AUGCUCAAGAUUCUUGUUGUAGAUAAGUGGGAUAAUCCUUGCGCUAGCCGACUCCACAAACUUCACAUAAGGAGAAGAGAGGAGAGAGGAGAAGAGAGGAGAGAGGAGGUCAAUUAUGCUUUUCAGAAACUAACAUUGGUUAACGGACUCAUCGUCACGGGAGGGGGAGAAACAACUGGUCUCUACUAUGAGGUUAUUGACUUCAUCUUUAAGAUUGUCAUGUCAAAGAAUGAUGAUGUAGAUCAUUUCCCUUUGCUUGGAAUAUGCUUAGGCUUUGAACUGUUAACGAUGAUUGUCAGUGAGGACAGAAAUAUUCUGGAGCCAUUCGAUGCAGCAAAUCAUGCAUCGACAUUGCACUUCAGAGAUGGCAUAGAUCUUAAGAAAACUCUGUUUCAAAGGAGGGGUUCUGAUGAGGUUUACAUCUUCUACGGCGGGCGGGCCUAACCGUUCUACAAGAAUGUAAUCUUAUUAUAUACAUUGUAAAUAAGGAAGAUGACUCCAUGCAAUAAAGAAAAAUGCUUAUUGAUCCCGCACUCAGAAGAUGCAGUUGAAGUUACUCAUCAUGUUGUUAAAUUUAUUGUGAGGUAACAUUUUUCAAUUUGUUGAGUUUGUGAGGUACACAUAAACUGUAACUUGCUGAUCUCUGAAGUGAAGUUCAAUUGGCACUGGAUUGGUAGUCCAUGUUGUAUCGACAUAACGAUUUUUUUUUUUCUUUUUAUUGAGAUGUAUGAACUCUAGCAGAGAGGCUCGGAAGCUCCCCAGAGUGUACGUGGCAAGCUCAUAUAUAACUACAGUCCCACAUAUAGUGGGAAAGCCGGGAGGGGUUUUGAUGAGGUUUACAUCUUCAACGGCAGAAGGCCCUAAGUGUUCUACAAGUAUAUAAUCUGAAUUACUUUGUAAAUAAGGAUGAUUACUCCAUGUUAAACAUUGGUGCUAUUUACACCAUAAUUACAGUGGAAGUAUAUGAAAUGACUUUCUAUUAGCUUUUAGCACAUCAGAAUGAUUUGUUUGGGUGAUGCAAGUCUACAAUAAGUACUCUUUCUAAUUGAGGAUCGAAACAGAAAACUCUCUCNCGCCGGCCGUUUUCAGCCCAACCGCG